GCCAGCGCGUAAGCGCCUCGGCUCCGACGGGUCGACCGCGGCCGACUCCACCAAGGCAACCAGGAAGCGCCUCAAGACCAACCACCCGUCUACGAAGCCCUUGCCGUGGCCGUCUGGAGCGUGCAGUGGCUCGUGGUCGGAUGUCUACCUGAGCAGUGCUUUACUGGUUUAUCCCAGCCUUGUCAUCACCUUGAACGCCAGGGAAGACGUGAGGAUUGCGGGAAGCGGUGCAAUGGAUGCCGCGGUGGAAAGUGUCGCCCCCACCAUGGAAAAUGAUCCUGCAACUGCAGCAAUUACAGAACAGUUGAGUGAUCCGCCGGAUUUGACAUAUGUUUUCGGAAUGGCGAUUCUGAUGGCAUUCUUAGCUGUGUCAUUCGUGAGCUGGAUGAUUAAGAAGCUGGGUUUCGGCAAGAAAGGAAUCAAGCCCAACAGUGUGGCAGCCUCUUGGCAAGCCUUGAUGCAGGGCGUUGUCCCUAAGGCAAGCCUCUUCGCCCUUUUGCAGAGCUGGGGAGUUAGGGGACUUCCCGCUACUGCCAAAUUUUUCAUCGGCUACAUCGCCUUCUACUUCACCUUUGUUUUCUAUCUGUGACAUUCCCUGCACAACCGGCACAAAAUUCACGUGACAGCGAGCGUAGCUCCGCCUGCGGAAAUGCUCCGCUUCCAACAACAUUUCAGGCUGAGUUUGAACUGAA